AUGGCCGCGGAAGAGACCGAAGCCUCCUGGCAAUACGAGAACACCUGUGAGGCCGAAUACGCGUCAAAGGUCGAGUUCUGCAGUAUCUCGGAUCAGCGGGCAGCAAAAGAUGCCAACUCGGAAAGCCGACAAUGUGUGGCUGGGCCCGAAUGCUAUGUUGUGAGCGAGGUGGAUGCUCUCGAAGAAGAGCGCCGGCGACUCGUCUUGCGGCUCCAAGAACUGGAAGAUGCCGAGCGGGAGGGCGACGAGCUGGAGGUGAAGCUGGGUCAAGCACGGGACGAGGGUGCCUUCCUGAAGACGGCACUCGGUGACCUCUAUCAGCUUGUGGCGGAUCGAAACGCUGUUCUGGAGAAGGUGUGUAGCGAACACAGCGCGUUGCGAAGUACACUUGAGGAAUCGCAGCAGCAAGCACGCCUGGCUCAGGACGAGGCGAACGAGCUGGCUAGUGAGAGGGACGAGACGCAUUCGCGGUGCCGUCAAGAGCACGAAGAGCUGCAGAAUGCAGAAGUCAGGAUGCAGGAUGCAGAAGGAGCCAUGGAGCGGGAGCACCAGGAGACGCAGUCCAAAGUAGUGGAGGCAAGUCGACAACGUGACACUGCACAUGAGCUGGUUACGAAGCUGAACGACAACAUCACCUCUAAUCUGCAGCAGCGCUUGAAGGGCCUGGAAGACGAAAACAAGCAUCUGCAGGGCAAAAUCUCCUUCCUCGAGGGAGAUUGUGACAAAAUCUCUGCUGAGAACACAGAACUGGAACAGACGAUUGAGGAAGUCAAGAAGAAGCCCAACUGUGUGAUAUCUUGA